AUGUUAAUAAUGUUUGCCAUGAUAAUGAUAACUGGUAAUAUUCCUUUACGUUUACAUUCAUUUAAGCAAAACCUUAAGGUACUAGCUUUAUCAUCUGCCUUUUCCGGUGGUUUAUUUCUCACAGUUGGUUUAGUUCAUUUACUCCCCGAAGCAAACGAGCAUUUCGAUAAAUAUUUUAAAGAAAUAAACCACGGCGAAGACUAGGAAAAUUUUCCUUGGGCAUUCGUAAUAACCCUUAUGAGUUUCAGUUUAAUUUUAUUUAUUGAGAAAGUUGCUACUGACCACCAUGAACAUGAUGCAAAUAAAGCGUCUCAUUUAAAAGCUUCGAUCCUAAAUAGAAAUGCAUAAUAACAUCAUUAAUCGUAAUUAGUUGAUAAUGUAAAUAUUGAUUCUCGCUUUCAAUCUCAUUUAAAUGAUGAAGAUGACCAAGACGAAAAUGACUAAUCAGACGAAUAAUUCCAAGAAAACAUAAUUCGUUAAAGCCUUAAUCCGAAAAAAUAAUUUGCUUCAAAAAUAUCUUUUAUGGUUUCUGGAAAAAAAAAAGGCAAAAUAAAUCUCGCACCAUAUCUAUUAUAAGUCGCUGUAGGAAUACAUGCUGUAUUCGAGGGAUUAGCUAUUGGAAUCGAAAAUGACUGGCUUAAAUGUCUUACUUUAGCCGCUGCUGUUUGUUGCCAUAAAUGGGCAGAAGGACUUACUUUAGGAUUAGCAUUUAGAAAGGCAAAUGUAGAUCUCAAAAUGAGUAGUAUAAUGAUUGCGAUUUAGGCUUUAAUGAAUCCUAUAGGAGUUGGACUUGGCUUAGCUUUGAGUGAUUAGGGAGAACUUAUUACUGGUAUUUUUAUGGCUAUUAGUACUGGGACAUUUAUAUAUAUUGCUACUUUGGAAGUUUUGGUGGAGGAGUUUAGUGUUAAAAGAUAUAAAUUUGUUAAAUUCUUGUUCUUUUUAGCCGCGGGGGCUUUCAUCACUUCUUUGUGGUUUUUGGAAUAGGUAACAGGAGGUUGAGUUUAAUAUGUAUUGCUUGUAUCUUCUACUAUUACAUUUUUAAUG